UUCAACUAAAUAUAGAAACAAGUGAAGAAAUUGCGUGAAGAAAAUCUUAAAAAAAUUCUUACUUAACAAAGAAUAAAAUCAAAAAUUAAAUGUCAAGAACGAAUGCAAAAUAAAUAAGUGUGCUUGGAAUUUAAAGCCAAAUACAAAAUUAGCCGACAUAACAAAAAAUAAUCCCGACACAACUCGCAAAUAUUGUUGCAUUAAUUGCAAGUGGGUGUUUUUAUAUUCCAUUCUGUUUUUUUUUUUGCCACAAAUCCAAUUAAAAUUUCAAUGUCAACAAAUCCCCCAAAAGAAUCAACCAACCAACCUUCCCAUCAAAUUUGUUGCAAAGCCUAAAAAAGAAUCAAUCAAAGGAAAUUAUCUGUGUGUAUUCAGUGAAGUGUGAGAGGGAAAACUAAAUUGAAAGUGGAGCAAAGUGAAUUGAAAGAUAAUGGCCCCGAUAAGUGAAAAAAGAAUGUCAAACCAAGCACAGCAACAACAAGGCGACAUUAUAAUACCAACAACACCAACAAUGCAAUUGAGUCAUCAACAGCAGCAACACCACCACCAACAGCAGCAGCAUCAUCAUCAUCAUCACCAUCACCACCAGAGCAAUCAUCAUCAUCAUCACCACCACCAUGCCAAGGAGAAUGCCUCUGCGGCUGCAGCGUUACGCAGCAAUGGCAUAGUUAUGGCCAGCCCCAAUGUCAAGGGUUUGGAAAUAAAAGAUUUUCACGAAUCUUGGCUGGAGGAGAUGGAAGUGUACAAGGAUAUGAUGCAUGGUCAGAAGCAGAAACAUGUGCCGCCACCUCAAUUGCUUGGUUCGCACAAUCAUGCCCAUACACCGCAAGGCUGCCAAAUAGAUGUUGUGGCGGUAAAUACUCAUCAUCAUCAACAACAACACAAUUCAAGUGCCAAUAAAAUGUCGUCACAUCCGAUGGCAUCAACAAAUACAACUGCAUCCAACAACAACAACAAGUCAACAUCGUCUGAGACAAAUACAACAGCCACCAGUGGCCGUGCAAAUAUGGUUACCAAUGGAAAUGUCAAACGUCGAAAUGUGAGCGACAACAAAAACACGAGAGUGAAAGUAACCCCAACAUUGGCAGCAUCUGCUGACACAGCGACAAAGCAUGCGAAAUCUCAAGCAUCCGGUGGACAUCAGUUGCAAUUAAAGAGACCACGAGAAGAAACGCCUACGAAAAAGGCGGGAAGUGGCAAAAUUACCUCCCCAAAUGCCAAUAACUCUAGUCAUCCUAAUGCCAAGCGUUCGGGUCACAGUACAAACGAUACGUCGAAUGCCGUUCCUACAUCCGCGGCCAUGGCCAAACCAAAUGCCAAUGUCAACACUGCUCCACAAAGUCCUAGUAAAGUAAAAAAUGUAAUGACGGGAUCAAAUUCUAAAGUCACAACUGCUGAAAACACUGUUAGUAAUAAGAAUAGCUUAAAUGCUGCAACUGCUUAUACACCCGCCAACGCCGCUAUGCCUCCAUCUCCUUUUCCAUCCGCAUCGUUAACCCCGAGUCCCAAGAAUAAUGCCAAAAUCAUUGUCAAUCAAUUCCAUGCCAGUAGCCUGCUGAAUGGUCAGCAAUUGGAGGAAAAAGAGAAAAUACUAACCCUGAAUGGCUUGAAACCCAGCAAAGCCACCGCAGCCUCUGCCUAUGAGGCUAGCUUUUAUGCAGCCAAUUAUUUGAAUGCUGAUAAGGCACACAAUAACAUUUCCAAUGGUAUGCCAGCUGUGCGUUCUUCUAACCAAGGUGAGACUGGUACUACUGGUAGUAAUUUUGUUGGUGUCUCUUUAGCUAAUCAAGGAAUCAAUGGUGGUGCCACAAAGCACGAUGGCAGUGAGUAUGCCGAUGAUGAUGAUCCAAGUGCAGCCAUAGAUGAUGUCAAUCCCGAUACGGACAGUGAUUUUGAGGAGGACUAUGUUGGAGAGCCAUUCCAUUUGGAGGAGGAUGGUGAUGAAACGCUGCAAAGCAAAACAAAGCCUUAUGUCUACUACACCCCCACAACAAUACUUUCGCCAAGUCUUUUCCCCAAUGUUGCACCCUAUCUGAACUAUUCAUCCCAUGCCGAGCGAGGACCACCCAUGUCAGCUCAACUGCAUAAAAUUCUUAAAUGGAAACUGAGUAUAGCAAUGCCAAAAAUUGUCAAGAGAGUUGUUCUCAAUUCAGGAUUUCGCAUAAUUAAAAAUACAACUGAUUGGAUGGCCGUUUGGGAGAAACACAUGAAAAGCCCCGGCUUUCGAACAAUCCGUUCUCAUCAGAAAUACAAUCACAUGCCUGGCUCAUUUCGCAUUGGACGCAAGGACAGCAUGUGGCGUAGCAUCAAUGACAAAAUGAAGAAAUUCGGCAAAAAGGAAUUUGGAUUUAUGCAAAAAUCCUAUGUCAUGCCAGAGGAGUUAGAGCUGUUGAGAAAAGCAUGGCCCAGAAAUGUGGCACGUCGCACCAAAUGGAUUGUAAAGCCACCGGCAAGUGCACGAGGAACCGGCAUAAGUAUUGUAAAUAAAUGGUCACAAUUUCCCAAAGAUUUACCAUUAGUUGUACAAAAAUACAUUGAACGUCCCCUGCUUAUAAACGACAAUAAGUUUGAUAUGCGUAUCUAUGUUGUGUUGACCUCAAUAAAUCCAUUGCGCCUGUACAUGUACAAAGAUGGUUUGGCACGUUUUGCUUCCGUUAAAUACAGUUCUGAAUUGAAUAGCCUAGACGAUGUGUGUAUGCAUCUAACCAAUUAUAGCAUUAAUAAAUUCUCCGAAAGUUAUGACAAAAAUGAAGAUGUCAAUGCGUGUCAGGGUCACAAAUGGACCCUGCAAUCGUUGUGGUCAUGUCUGGAGGAACGUGGUGUGAACACCAAACGCCUAUGGGCCACCUUGCGUAAUUUGGUGAUCAAAGCCUUGAUUAGCGGUGAGGCGGGCCUUAAUCGAAUGUAUCGCCAGAAUGUAAAUUUCCGUUAUAAUUGUUUCGAAUUGUUUGGUUUCGAUGUGCUGCUGGAUGAGAACUUGGUGCCAUGGCUGUUGGAGAUAAAUAUUUCACCUUCAUUACAUUCAGAUUUGCCAUUAGAUUUACACGUCAAGGGACCACUGAUACAGGCGGUCUUAAACACUGCCCUCUAUCAGGUGCCACCCAAACUCAACGAAAAACAACAAAAAGAUAUUUUGGAAGAGCUGAAGCUGGAGGGUCCGUUGUGUUUCGAUAGACGUCUGUUUACCACAUGCCUACGUAAUGAAGAAAUUCGAAAACAUAAUCAAUUUACCAAUCGUUCCAUUGAAGUGCGAGAGGAUUAUUUGGAUGCCAUCUUGGAACAUUUAUUACCCGAUGAUGUGCGCUGUUUGCUGUUAAGUGAAGAUGAAUUGAAUCGUUGCAGUCCAUUGGAGCGAAUAUUUCCAACACCAAAUACCUUCAAUUAUUUGAAAUUUGUUGAUAAUCCGCGUUACUAUAAUCGUCUGCUCGAUGCCUGGGAACAUCGCUAUGGCCACUGUCGUGAGAAGGGUAUUGAGUUGCUGAGACAAUAUUGCCGGGAUAAUUAUCAUCUGAUAGUGGCCGAAGCGUCUUUUGAAAAGGAACCCAAAAACCAUGUGACCGAGAUUGAUGUUAUGCAUGUAAAGAAAGAAGAACCCAAACCCGAUGAUGUCAAUGUAACCGACGAUACUAUACCCAUCCCCGUCUUAAAUUUUAAUGCAGCGGAUAUGCCAAAAGAUGCCACAGAAACGCCUUCAAAGGAAAAUUCAAAUGUUUUGAAUAAUAAUAAUGCUACAACAACAAAUACUAUUAACACUACCAACAUUGCUGCCCAAACCAAUGAAGCGGUGAUGCAACCAAAAGAUGUUUCGAAUUCAACGAAAGUGAAUCCUCAUCAGCCGACGAAUCACAAGGAAAUGCCAGCCACUUUCCCCGUCAAGGUACCAAAUAAGACGAAACAACAUGAAACUACAACAGAACGUAAACUUAAGACUGAUAUUAAAGCUUCAUAAUGUUAGCCGUUGUUUAGUCAACCACUACUACUACUGCUACUAUUACAACUGAACAAAUUCUGUAGUAUAUUGAAUUUAUUUUUAAAAAAUGUUUAAUCCAACAUUUAGCUGAAACCGACAACAGAACUAACUCAAAAUUCAUUUGCAAUGGCGACACCAAGAACUCGAUGUUGCAAAUGAAAUAAAUUAUUGAUAAUAAAAAUUUUUAAAUAAAUAAAUA